AGGCAGCACAGGGCUGCUCUCGGGACUUUGAUUGGCUCCCCGGGCGCUGAGUGGUCAUUGGCUAUGGUGGGUCGUCAGGGCGACUGAGAGGAAAAAGAGCAGGGGUGUUGGGCCUGGCGGGCGAACCUAGGCUGCGGGUGGCUGGGCGGUUUCGCGGGGGUGGUGUACAGGAGAGCUGCGGUGCCCGGGGCGCCCAGGGCUGAGGCUGCAACUCCGGGAGGUACCUGAGCUAGUGGGCAGGCAAGGAGGAGCGGCCAGUGAGACGCCGCGGGCCGGGACCAUGGGCUGCUUCUUCUCCAAGAGGCAGAAGGCUGAGAAGGAGUCGCAGCCCGAGGGCGAGGAGGAGCGGCCGAAGCAGUACAGCUGGGACCAGCGCGAAAAGGUCGAUCCAAAGGACUUCAUGUUCAGUGGCCUGAAGGACGAAACAGUAGGUCGCUUACCUGGGAAAGUGGCAGGACAACAGUUUCUCAUUCAAGACUGCGAGAACUGUAACAUCUACAUUUUUGAUCACUCUGCCACAGUCACUAUCGAUGACUGUGCCAACUGUGUCAUUUUUCUGGGACCCGUGAAAGGCAGCGUGUUCUUCCGGAAUUGCAGAGAUUGCAAGUGCGCCCUAGCCUGCCAGCAGUUUCGUGUGCGGGACUGUCGAAAGCUGGAGGUCUUUCUGUGCUGUGCCACUCAGCCCAUCAUCGAGUCUUCCACACAUAUCAAGUUCGGCUGUUUUCAGUGGUACUACCCUGAACUAGCGUUCCAGUUCAAAGAUGCAGGGCUCAGUAUCUUCAAUAAUACCUGGAGUAACAUUCAUGACUUUACACCUGUGUCAGGAGAGCUCAACUGGAGCCUUCUGCCAGAAGAUGCUGUAGUGGAAGAUCACGUGCCUCUGCCUACGACGGAAGAGCUCAGAGCUAUCCGCCUUUCCACUGAAGCCAGUAAAAGUAUCGUCCCGGUGUCCCGGGGCCAGAGGCAGAAGAACAGUGAUGAAUCCUGCUUAGUGGUAUUAUUUGCUGGUGACUACACUAUCGCAAACGCCAGGAAGCUAAUUGAUGAGAUGGUGGGUAAAGGCUUUUUCCUAGUUCAGACCAAGGAGGUGUCAAUGAAAGCUGAGGAUGCUCAAAGGGUUUUUCGGGAAAAAGCACCUGAUUUCCUUCCUCUUCUGAACAAAGGUCCUGUCAUUGCUUUGGAGUUCAAUGGAGAUGGUGCUGUAGAAGGAUGUCAGCUUAUCGUCAACGAGAUAUUCAAUGGAACCAAGAUGUUUGUAUCAGAAAGCAAGGAGACGGCACCUGGAGAUGUAGACAGCUUCUACAACUUUGCCGAUAUACAGAUGGGAAUAUGAAGUACAGUUUGAAACCAAGGACUUGAUAUUAAGUUCUUUUCAAUUCGCGUAUUAGCAAUGGUCUUUUUACUGAUGCUGAAAUUGUUAAAGGCAUUUUUAAAAUAAAUUGUGGAAUACUGCAUCA